ACGGUGCCGGCGAGCGAAGAUUUCUCGAGGGUCUGAGUGGGGCCGCGGCGAUGCUCACACCGGCGGCGUUUGACCUCAGCCAGGACCCCGACUUCCUGACCGUCGCCAUCCGCGUGCCCCACGCUCGGGUCUCGGAGUUCGACGUCUACUUCCAGGGCUUCGACUUCAGGUUCUUCGCCAAGCCGUACUUCCUCAGAUUAACUCUUCCCGGGAGAAUUGUAGAAAAUGGAAGUGAAAAAGGGUCCUAUGAUGCAGAUAAAGGAAUUUUUACCAUUCAGUUGCCCAAAGAAACUCCUGGUCAGCAUUUUGAGGGGCUGAACAUGUUAACUACGCUUCUGGCACCAAGAAAAUCCAGGACUGCAAAACCACUUGUGGAGGAAAUAGGUGCUUCUGAGGUUUCUGAGGAAGGAGUAGAAGAUGAUGAUGAAGACUUUGAUUGGGAAAUUGAACAGUCCCCCUAUGAAGAGGUGUCAGAAAGUGCUCUGCACCCGCAAGGCCACUAUGGAUUUGGAGUAUUUCAGCGGUUACAGGAUGAAUUCAGUGACGUCAUUGAUGUUAAGGAUCCAGAUUUUACUCCUGCAGCUGAACUCAGGCAGAAACGCCUGGCUGCUGAGCUGGCCAAAUUUGAUCCUGAUCAUUAUCUAGCCGACUUUUUUGAAGAUGAGGCAGUUGAACAGGUUUUACAGUAUAAUCCUUGGUGGACUGAUACGUAUUCAAAGAUGAUGGCCUUUAUGGGAAAGAGGCAGGAGAAAGAAAAUCAUGCUGCUUUAGUAUCUUUCUCUGAAGAAGAGAAGUGUCAGCUGCGAAAAUUUGUCCAUAAGUCUUAUCUGCUGGACAAAAGAGCCCAACGUCAAGUGUACUAUAGUCUGACUGAUAUCCUUCUGGCCUAUUGCUAUGAGACUCGUGUCAAUGAAGGAGAGAAGAACGCUGAGUCUGCGUGGAAUGUCAGAAAACUGAGUCCCACACUGUGCUGGUUUGAGGCUUGGACUAAUGUUCGUGAAGUCCUGGUGUCUUUUGGAAGAAGAGUGUUGUGCUACCCACUUCACCGCCGUUUCAAGCUGGUGACGAAAGCCUGCAGAGACACGAUGAAGAUAUUGCAGCUAGGUAAAAGUGCAGCUUUAAAGUGUCUCCUGGAUAGUCACAAAAUUUUUCAGGAAAGUGACCAAGCUUACAUUCUAAAUGAUCUCUAUAUCUCGGACUACUGUGUGUGGAUUCAGAAAGCCAAGUCCACAAGGUUGGCAGCUCUUGCAGAAGCCUUGAAGGAAGCCCCCCUGACGAAGGCCCAGCUGGGGUUGGAAGUGAAUGAGCUGGAGGCAGCUGCACUGCUCGUCUGUGAGGAAGAAGCAGCCUGCCCCGCCUCCAGGCCAACACCAGGAGCCUGGAGAGGUCGAUCCUUGCAAGGCCCCGUUCUUGACGAAAGCCGCGCCCUGCGUGUUGAUGGCCAUGGGCUGUGCGGACGCUUGGCCGUCCCGAGGGCUGAUGCCUGUCGGGGAGAGCUACUGGCCUCUGCGCGGGCCCCUGUGGGAGCCGGGCCUCUGAUAGAGGAGCUUGGAGAACAACUGGAGACGGUGGUGCAGCUCUCAGAGCCCGAGGGUCCCGCUCCUGGGCCCCGAAGGGCACAGGCAGACGGCACCCUCCCGGGGACGGGCGGUGAGGGUUCCAUUUGUGGGUGAGAAUGAUGUCAGGUUUGGUUUUAGUUACUGACUGAGAAUUCUUCAUUUUUACUUGUACUUUUUCUUAAAGUAUACAACAUAGUUUUUUAAUGAGCAAUGUUGAUAACUUUUAGUUUCCUUCCUGCUACUUUAAAAAUAAAGUUCUAAAGUACUUUUACCAAAGUAUAAUUAGUAUCUGAAGAUGGAAAACAAUAGUUGUGCCAGAAUCCCUAAAAUGUGGAGCCCAUUAAUAUCUUCAAAAGCUUUACCAAGAUAUACUUGGCAUGCAAUAAGCUGCACACACUUCAAGAGUACGAUGCGAUCGGCGUUGACACAUGCACCAAAUCAAUCAUCUUUGCGAUUAAGAGACUGUACUUACCUCAGCUCCAAGUGUCCUCAUGGUGCCCUGGCGCCCACCCCACCGCUCUCCCAAUAAAGCUGUUAUGAAUAUUUCUGUGCAA